AUGCAGUAUGUUGGUAGAGCGCUCGGCUCCGUCUCUAAGACCUGGUCCUCGAUUAAUCCAGCAACCUUAUCAGGCGCAAUAGACGUUAUAGUCGUGGAACAGCCAGAUGGGACUCUCUCAUGUUCUCCAUUCCACGUCAGGUUUGGGAAGUUUCAAAUCUUGAAACCAUCACAGAAGAAAGUCGAAGUGCUUGUAAACGGGAAAUCUACAAAUAUCCCUAUGAAACUAAGUGAUUCUGGUGAAGCAUAUUUUGUCUUUGAGACUUCCACCGAUGUCAAGGAUAUUCCUGAUGAUUUAUUAGCUUCCCCCGUGAUGAGUGCCACAAAUAGCCCACCUCAAUCUCCUGAGCCUUCCAAAUUGGAGUUGAACAGUCCCGAAGGACAAUCUGACCAAGAACAUGAUAGAUCGUCUGAUUCAAGUAAUCAAGGAAAUAAUAAUAAACCAUUAGAAGAACCAGAUUUUUUGGAUAUUGGUGCCUCACCAAACUCAAAGAACAAGACCAAAAUAUUUCAACAGAACCUUAACAAGAGAUUAACACAGAUUCAUAUUCCAAGCAAGUUAGAAAAUAACGGUGAUCUCCUUCUUGAUAUGGAGGGGUAUAAGCCAAACACAGAUAUGAUGCAUGAUACAGAUAUGCAAUUGAAACAAUUGCUUAAAGAUGAAUUAGGCUCGGAAUCUGAUAUCUCCAAUUUCAUUAGAGAAGAUAGCAAUGGUAAUGUAAGAAUAGUCAACCCUUAUGAAAAUUGUCAUUUAACUUCCACAUCACCAAUAGGUUCAGCACCUGGGUCUCCUCUAAUAAGUGCCAGUGAACCCACUCUAACUAUGAAUAGUCCGUCCACUAACGAUUCCGCAGAAUCGGUGGAAUCAGAAGAAUUGAGUUCUGAUACAAUGACAAACGAGAAAUCCUACAAGGAAAGCUUGGAAGAUAAAGAAGAUAAGGAAGAUAAGGAAGAGCGUAGAAAUUCGUCAAAGCAUUUCAUUAAAACCAUUAGAUUAACAAGUGAUCAACUUCGAUGUCUAGAUUUGAUAUAUGGAGAAAACGAUUUAACGUUUUCCAUUGAUCAUGGGAAGGCCACUAUGGCUGCCAAGUUAUUUGUAUGGAGAUGGGACGUACCCAUUGUAAUAAGUGAUAUAGAUGGGACUAUUACCAAAUCGGAUGCAUUGGGUCAUGUUUUAGCGAUGAUUGGGAAAGAUUGGACUCAUAUUGGAGUAGCUAAAUUAUUUACUGAGAUUGCAAGAAAUGGUUACAACAUUUUAUAUCUGACAGCAAGAGGUGCAGGACAGGCAGAUUCCACAAGGGGAUAUUUACGAUCUAUUUAUCAAGGUGGAAACAGAUUGCCUGUUGGUCCUGUUAUCUUAUCGCCGGAUAGGACAAUGGCAGCAUUAAGGAGAGAAAUUAUAUUGAAGAAACCUGAAAUAUUUAAGAUUGCCUGUUUAAACGACAUUAGAUCGUUAUAUUUCGAGAAGUUUGAGAAACAACAAGAAUUAGAAAGGGAGCAACAACAUAAGGAAGAGGUAGAAACUAAGGGUGAAGGUAAUAUUAGUAUCAAUAGUAAAGAAGAAGACAAGGCAAAUGAGGCAAAUGAUAUAAGGGACACUAAGGACCCCGUUAUACCAAAUCAAAUGGCGGAUGAGAAACCAACACCUUUCUUUGCAGGAUUUGGAAAUAGAAUAACAGACGCAUUGUCCUAUAGAACUGUAGGUAUUCCAAGUUCGAGGAUAUUCACAAUCAAUCCUGACGGAGAUGUCCAUAUGGAAUUAUUAGAACUAGCAGGUUAUAGAAGUUCUUACAUUCAUAUCAAUGAAUUAGUGGAUCAUUUCUUCCCACCUGUAAAUUUGAACGAUGAUGAUAUUAGAAGCGUUAACUCAAUGACACCUGGUUCACCAAUUAAUAAAAGUUUGGAUAACAUUGAGAAUACAGGUGGAAUCGAUAACAAAUCGUUCUUCAGAACAAACCAGGAGGAAAAAUUUACAGACGUUAAUUUUUGGAGGGAACCCAUACUGGAUCUCGAUGAAUUGUCUGAUAUUAGCAAUGACUCUAGUAGCAUAGAUGAAAAGGAAAAGAAUGAAACCAGCAAAAAUACACGUUUAGAUGUUACCCGAAAGAACGCAUCUAGGAGAGGAACUAACCACACUGAACGUUCAGAUACUUCAAUCAUUAACAACGAUCCUCAUUCUAAAUAUGAGGAUGAAACAUUUUCAACCCCAAAGAGGCAUGAAAAAAAACGAAAGAAGAUAUAG